AUGUGGCUAGCACGCACCCAAAAGAUCAUAAGGACUUCCCUCUCAGCGAUGAUCGAUACUGUUGACCCAGCGACGUAUUGCCUACCCAGCCCAACCUUAUUUCGUACCCACUACAGGAUUGCCUCCGCAUUGCAGCUCUUUCAUGUCGAAGACCUUAUAGCUGCUGGCUGGCCUAGGCCUUCCACAUUCACUUGCGGAAAAUCCACCCUACAACUACUGCGCAGGUGCUGGCAUCUUGUGCCCAAGGCCGUCAGAGUGCGCGCUUACCAACUUCUGUCUCACCUCGGAGAGUACCUUUAUCCGCUCGAAACCGGUACCGUGGUCAAACGGCUCCCUUUGGGACUACACAUGAAAAUAGUCGGGCGCUCCCAACAGAACGAGGGCAUGGCCUUGCGCUUGGUGGAACAACACACAUCAAUUCCAGCGCCCCUCUGCAUUGACGAGUACCACGACGGCGAGGACAGGAUACUCAUUAUGACAACGGUCCAGGGUCAGACGCUCCACAAUGUCUUUCAUCGGAUGUCCUACCCUGAGCGUAGGCAGCUUACCAUAGACUUGAAAAUUGUGGUCGACCAGAUUCGAACAGUCCCCAAUCAAACCUCCUUCCGCUUUGCAAAUACCUUAGGGGGCGCGAUCUGUGACCAACGUGCUGGAAUCCUCGGUCCAUUCAACGAGGAAAGCGACUUCAGUAGCCAGCUUCUUCCCGAAUAUACGCCCACAGAAACGAGAGAAGCGGCAGCUCUCGUCCAUUCGCGUCCGCACAGGUCGUUCUUCACCCAUUCUGACCUUCAUUGGACAAAUCUCAUGAUCAGUGGGGGAAGACUGAACGGGAUUGUCGACUGGGAAUACGCCGGAUACUACCCCGAGUAUUGGGAGUUCACCAAAGCCAUGUACGGGAUCAUCAACCAUCCGGAGCUGGAGAAGAUUCAUUGGGACGCAUUUGGAGAUGUGUACAAAGACGAGCUGGAGGUCGAAAGACGACUAUGGCACGAAUCUCCAUUUGGUCUGUAA